AAGGUUUAUCUAACUAUCUCCCUUAGUAACCUCUCUCUCUCUCUCUUUCUGUUUGCGUCUCUCUCUUCUCUUUCUGUCAACGGACACUGCCAACUAUUGUUUAGCAAGCUUUUCUUUGAAUCAAGCAAUGGAGGUUGUGGAUUGGGAAACUUCUUCAGAGGAGGGGAGCGAUACUGAGGCCAACUUGAAAGAUGAAGAGGUCUACUACACACCUGGUUCUUUACCCAAGUUGCAAUUUAGGAGUGAUAUUUCCAAGGCUAAGUGGGAUUAUGAAAUGGGUAUGGCUGAAGUGGUGGAAAAGAAGGGCAAAUUGUGGACAACAACUGGAAUUGUUCGCAGUGGCAAGACUUACUGCUCAAUUGAGGAGACAUUGUUUCUCGCUGAACUGGGAGCAUUGCUUGUGAUGGAUGAUAACGAUGAUAAGGAUGAAUGCCUUUCUCUAAAAGAUUUAUAUGGAAAAACAGUAGAUGAGAACAGUGGGUGUUGUUGGGAGCUUUUUGAGGUCUAUAGGCAUCUCAAAUCUCUUGGUUACAUUGUUGGGCGUCAUGGUGUUCCUUGGUCUAUGAAGGGUGUUAAGAGUAGCUGUAAAUCUGAUUCUUUUCAAGGCACCCCAGAAAACAAUGGGUUGAUAGAAGAUACUGAAUUGAAGGACACAGCUCUUAUUGUUAAAAGGCUAAGUAAAUUGCAGGUUGACGAGUUGAAUCCAAAUUUUGAUGUUUAUCUUCCAAAUAGCAAGUUUAGAAAGUCUUCACCUGGUGAUCCAGCUUUUAUUCUCUACUUAAUUAGGGGAAGUCCACCCUCCAAAGCAAAAAUUGAAGCCUUUGAGAGACAAUGUGGCGAAGUCCCUCUGAAGUAUUGUCAUGUAGACGAUGGUCGUGUCAGCUAUUUUUCCUUCAAGAGUGUACAACUACCUGUACUACCAUGAAGCGCAUCCAGGAAGAGAAGCAUCAGUUGCAGACGAGUGCCUUCAAAGAAAUAGGUUCAAAUUCUUUUUUUUUUUUUUUUUGGAAAAUGAGUGAUCUAUGUACUGGAGCUGAUAAAAUUCGAGAUUAGGCUCGAAAGCUAUCUGUUCUAGACAUAAUUGGUGUAGUGGUGCUGGUCUAGCUAUGAUUGGGUUAUUGACCUUCAAAAGUAAAUGAAAAGAUACCAGUUAAGUGGUGCAGUGGUGGUGUUGGCAUAGCUAUGAAUGAUUUAUUGACCUUCAAAAGUAUGGAAUCAUUUGCUGAGCAAGAAUUUUAUUAUACAUGGAAGUGAAACGGUACGCAAUAUUGCUUUCUGGUUGCUAAUUGUGGGUAGCAGUAGCAUCUUGUCUUCUCUUUUUCUUUUUUGUAAAUACUUAUUGAAAGUUGGAUACUAUAGACCUCUUUCCUGUAUAUCGCCAUAUAACUAUAGUUUCAUAUUAAAGAAAAUUGUGUAUUGUGUUCUACAUUUUUGAA